CGCAGGUAGUCUGGAACAGGCGAUUAGAAGGCACGUUUACAGCGAGGAGGUGGCAACUUGGAGUUUUAGAGGGUUUGUUAGUGGAAUUUCAUUUCACGUAAACAAGAAUAAAAUAGUUUAAUAGAAAAUAGGUAUUAAACGCCAAGAGAAGGAAAAUUUGUUUUUGUUUGGUUAAACGUCGCUUAAGAAAUCCAGCGACUUAGGUAGGGGGGAUUUCCCGACGACGACUAACUUCAUUUUGGAGAGACGCUGAUUUUGUUGUAUAUAAAAGAAAAGAAGAAGCUUCGUCUCCGUGGAGAAGCCAGAAAAGUUUCCAGAGAAUGAAGCCCUUAAAGAGGGCAUUUGAAGAGUCCACUCUUGAGCAGGAGUUCUCAUUGAUGUCAGACAGUGACCAUUGUGAAGAUGAUGGGACAAGUUGUAGUCUCCCAGUAGAUCUCUCUGGGGGUUCUGGGAAGAAACGUCGACGGGGAAACCUGCCUAAAGAAGCGGUGCAAGUACUCCGGGACUGGCUAUAUGACCAUCGAUUUAAUGCCUACCCAUCUGAGCAGGAGAAGCUCAGCUUGUCUGGUCAGACAAGUCUUUCUGUGCUGCAGAUCUGUAAUUGGUUUAUCAAUGCUCGUAGAAGAUUGCUGCCUGACAUGCUGCGGCGGGAUGGCAAGGAUCCAAACCAGUACACACUCUCCAGACGAGGAACAAAACUCUCUGAACUUCGUGUAGGCAGUGUCCCAACUUCUCCUGACAUGAGUCCAGUGAGCCUUGCUUCCCCUCGUCCAUCAGUUAUUCAGCCUCCGCCAGUCCUUGAUCUAAGCAUCCUAGAAAGCACAGCAACUGCCAUUUUAAGUGGAACAACGAAUUUAACUGCCUCUACACCUUUAUUGAAUGACAUUAACCAGUCAACUACAGCGAAUGUUAAUAAGCAGUCUGAUUUCAGAAAUGCAAACAUGCAAGCUACUGUGCUGACAGAUGCAUGCAGCUUUGGUCCAGUUGCCGUUCUGAGGGCAGAGUCGGUCAAUCCAGCAGGAGGACUUUUCAACACACCACCUCCUACUCCUCCAGAAUUAUGCCUUGAGGAAUUCAGCGACUUGCUGCUGCUCGUUGAUGCAGCCUUGCAACGAGCAGCUGAGUUAGAAUGCCAAAAGCAGAGUUUAUGUACGACCAAGAGUGACCCUUGCUUAUCAUCAACAAAUGCAUAUAAACAUUUGGAUUCAGGAACACUAACAGUGUCUCAGAAUGCCAAUAUUCCAGCAGUUGAAAUUUCAAGGACUCCCCAGAAGAAUGUUACAGACCUGCUGAGCUCCUAUGCUACAACAUAUAAUUCAGCAAGUGAUGGCAAACAAAUCAGUCAAGAGCAAGGGCCAAAGGGAAUGGUAGGAUAUGGCAUGUAUGAGACACAGAUAUGGAAUACUACCUCUCAAACCAGUGCUUACACCGAGAGCAGACAGAGUGUGAAACCAACAAAUUCCAUUGCGUGUGUAUGGAACACCCCACAUAGUCUUCUCUCUGUGCAAGAAGCUGUGAAAUAAAGUGCAUGGAGCCAGUGGGGGCAUGCACUAGACUGCACUAAAGUGUGUUGCCUCAGGACAUGAAAUGUGCUUUUUGUUACUUUGAGGAAAAACACUAAUUUUAUAACCGAAUUUCAAAUAUGACUUGAAUGUAUUCUAUAGCCUCCUUGUAUUAGUAUAGGAGACUAACAACUUUUAUGGAGUGUUUUUUUUUUUUUUUCCCCUUCUGUCUCCUUCCCGAAUUUAAAAUUCAGGAAAGCCGGAUGGUGGGUUUUUCCUUAAUGACAUGCUUUACUGUGAAAAGGAAGUUUAGCCAGUCAGUGCUUCCCCCCUCUUUUUUUUUUUUGUUUUACUUUUUGGAAUUUUCUUUAAAGCAAUGUAAUAAGAGACAAUGUAUUGACAUUUUAUGGUCCAACUGCCAUCUUUUUAUUUUAUUUUUAUUUUUUUUUAAAUUCAGGAUCCUUAAGAGGAAUUUCC